AUGGUGGAAGACUCGGAACAAACUGGAGACAAGUCAUUAUUGGACAUGAAGAUGAAGGAAUUUGAGAACGCUAAAACUUUAUUGAUAUCCUCAAAAAGGCCUAAAGCUUUCCUGAUCAGAACAGCAUGCGAAUUGCUGGCCGGCGGCACAGAAGUGUUAAUACUUAGUGCAUUAGGGGAUGCCAUGGGUUUGUGUCUCCAACUCCAGAUGUUGCUUGUGUCAAAGAAUGCGGCUACAACCUUUAGGAUCGAGACAUUGUUAAACAAGUGCACGAGCGAAAAAAGUAAGAACCCCUUUUACAUCCCAGGAUUACUCGUUUUUAUGAGAAAACACCCAGAGUUUAAAGGUUCCAGAAUCUCACCAGGAUAUAUCGUUUUCUCACCAAGAACGUCGACCUUCACACCAUUGUUCGACUCCGAGCCCACAGAAUUUGUUUUAUCUGUAAACGCGGGAAAUCCUGACUUAACCGUUGGUGGUUCUGGAGUUAAUGGUGCAUUUGCAAAACUUCUAGGUGAACUUGGACAUGAUUUAGGGUCUUACACAACGCUGUUCAAGAGACUUGCCGAACAGGCCAGGAACAAUAACAAGUCUGACGAAAAUCAACACGUUGCAUAUGAACACGAACCCAACUCACAGGUCUUGUUUGCUAUGUGCCGUCUACCAAAUGACCCAUCUUAUUUUAAACUUCCUAACGAGGGACUUGUAUUUGUGACCUUGUUUAACAACAAAUACCCAUUUACGAAUGACCACAACUUGGGAUUUGUUUAUGUUGUUGGUCCCAACGGGGCCAAUUAUGAUGUUGACGGUUUCCUAGAAUCCGUCCAUAAGUUGGGGGACAAUUUGGUUACUACACUUUGCGACUAUAAUGGAAUGGCUAAACGAGAAACUGCGAAAAAAUUGCCUAGAGUAACACUUUGUCGUUUGUGCCUUGUUAGCGGCGGGGUAUACAAGCAUAAGGAUGUGACCAAACUAGAUGUUGCCAAGUCAUUGUUAAAUGGUAUAGCAGAGGGAUAUCGACAUGGUCCUACACCAAGAUUUAACUUCGCAUACGAUGAGGACGUUUUUCGCAUCGUAAGUGUUACCAACAAAUUACUUUAA